GACCUCCCAUCGAACUCACCUCUUGCCUUUUACCAGAUGUGACCGUGGGAUUGGCCCAACAGACUCCAUUCACCUAAUCUUUGGAAACCAUUCGUCUAGAGACUCUAGAUUCGAAUUUUGAUUUUUGCUACUUUUUUUGGAUCAAAAUGCAUUUAAUAGUGUAGCAUCUCAGUCGGUCUUUUGUUUUUGGCAUUUUUAAGACCAUCGAAGCUCUUUUUGGGCUUUUUAAUAGCUUUUAUACCCGUUUUUCUGUGAGGCUUCUGCGCCUUGAUUUUUACGUCAUCCCCAUCUCGGCGGGGUCACCUCAGCCCCUCCAAACACAAUAAGGUACCUAGAACUAACUGCCUGUGCUCCCAAGGCAUACCCGUACCAACCCAUGAUCCAUCACUCUUCACCCACUUUCAGGCGCCCAGUUUCUACCUUGUAGCACUUUUUACCAAGAUUUUCUGUUCCCGUACGAGUCACGAGCUUGACCGUCCGAAGCAUAUAUACUCCAACUUUCGCCGCCGACUGUUCCUUAGCUAGGUACCUACAUAGUACGAUCGACACCUUUGAGUUUGCGACGAACGUACAGAUUCCAAGCCAUAUACAGCCAUCGCAUUUACUCAAACGAAAUGCCUGAAUACAUCAACACGCCUCUCUUUGGCGGCGCAAUCACUUGCGACCUGCCCGCCAAGUUCGCCGACGUCAGGUUCGUCCUCAUUGCUCUUUGCGCCUAAACCUUUCCUUGUGCUGACUCUAUGCGCUGCAGCAAGUUGCGACAAGUUCCCGAUAACCAAGAAGUCUGGAUCGAUCAGGAUGGUUUCACCAGCAUCAUCUUCGACAUCACAGAGCGUGUUGGAGGCUCUGGCUCAGGUCCUGAGGUUGAUGGUCGUGCCAUGACAACUCAUCUUGAAGAUAUGGUUGGGUCGGAUAUCGAUACCGUCAAGAUCUGGAACACUGCCGAGACUGAGUUCUCGAAUCUAGAACCUGGUACUCCCGCCUACACACUUAUUUCCACACAGACUCCUCGUGUGAACCAGUCCCGCGACUCAACAUCUGCGCCCGAUUUCACCGCUAUCAUCCUAACUCUUUUGCGGCUCGAGAAGGCCAAGACUGAUAUUCUCAUCACAAUCAAUGUGCCUCAUAUCAAGGGAGAGUACGACGAGGCGGAGGUUGAUCUUGAACUGGGACGUCAGGGUAAGCUCAUCGGUGCUGCCGUUGAGUAUUCUGCUACUAUCUGGUCAACAUUUAAGAUCAAGGACUGGGGCCUCUUUGGUGAAGCUUAAAGUAGUUGAAGUUUGUUAAAAGUGAAUGGAGAGCAUAUUCAGGGUAAGGGGGAUGCAGCAGGAAAGAGUUAGGAUAUCAUCAGAUGACUACCACGACUUAUGACCCGUUUUCUUUGUCGAUGGAUGAAUAUACAAUUAUGGACACGACAAGUAUGGUUCCCUAGCAUGCAAAAAUAAGUAGACUCAUGAGCUGCUUUUAGAUGAAUAUGACGAGACGUCAUGAUAGAGGGCCAUGUUGACGAGCAUUCAACCAGGUGUAGCUUGGGAAGCUCUACAAUGUUCGAGAAACUACUGGCUGAUAAGAUCAAACUCGAAUUGUGUCUGCAUUUGCAACGUUCAGUGGCUAUAUACACACUCUCAUUCUAAUUUCUUGAAAGUUUGUC